CUGUGUUGGGAGUUCGGGUCUAUAUAAACGCUGGACGGGCAGUGAGCUAGUCAUUGAGAACUACAGCAUCCCACAACUAUGAAGCUGUUGAUACUAAUAGUCGCUAUAGGCGCUGCCUUUGCCGGCCCAGUUCCAAGCUCAAAAUCAUGUAACCAGAGAUUUGAGGAGGGUCAGAAGUACUUCUACCAAUAUGAAGCUGACACAAUGUCUGGCGUUGUUGGUACCUCCGAGAGGAGAAGCGGAAUGAGAAUUAUCUGCGAGGUGGAGGUCGAAGUUCCAGAUAAAUAUCAGCUUUCCGUGAAUACACCCAAAUGUGAACUUCUCGAACAGAAUCCAGACUCUGAGGAUCCAUACUCCUUCAGAGUAGCACAGAAUUCUCGCGAGUUCUCAAGGGAAAUGUCACGUAACUCUCUCGUCGUUGAGGUGAACCAGGGUAGAAUCAAUCGCAUCCAGCCACACGUUGAGGAGCCAGUACAUAUUCUGAACAUCAAACGGGGUAUCGUGUCUUCUCUUCAGCUGCCAAACGACGAAGACCUGAAGAACGACAGAUUUCAGGCAACAAAGGACGUUCACGGAAACUGCACUGCCGAGGCUCAGAUCUUGGAGAUGAGUCGUCGUAACGACAACAUCCGUAGAGUCAAGCUGGAUAAGGAUCUGUCCAACUGUUCUCGUUCCAACAAAACUUACAGCAGAGAAUCUCCACUCUCACUACUGAGGAAUAUCUCCGCUAUUGAGAAGAUGGUUAAUUCCACCCAGAACUGCACGUAUACAAUGAGCUCAGCUUGUUACAUCAAGGAAGUCAAAUGUCAGGAAAGCCAUACUUUCACACCUCUGUCAUAUAAUAAUUCUGGAGUGCAAACCAAUAUCAGCCAGGUUAUGACCAGAACCAGAAGCCCAGAGAAGCUCAACCGUUUCGCUCGCAAACAGGAUUCCAGUAGAGUAUACUCUGAGAUCGCAUAUGAAUUUGAAGUGGAACCAGAACCAACAAACACAACAAUGAAUACUACCCUGGAGGUGCUUUUCAAUCUUGUCAACAAGACCGUCAAUGAGACCUCUAUCGAUGCUCCACGUCUCUUCAACAACCUUGUUGCAUCACUUCGUGCAUUGGACAACCAGACCAUCCACAACUUGCUUCCAGUUGCAUGGAACUGCAGCCAGUAUGGUAACUGCUCCAACAACCGUGAACAAGAACUCUCGAGAUCCUACAUGAUUGAUGCUCUUCCACAGUGCGGUACCUGGCCAUGUAUGUCCGUCAUCGCAUCUGCACUUAUCAAUAGUACCAUCAAUGGAUCCCGCGCUGAUGUCUUGCUUUAUGCGUUGGCAUUCGAACCAAAUCCAUCACUGCAGGUGAUCAACGAGACUCUACGCAUUGCUAGUGCCAUCCGCAGCCGUCCAGCCAUCCUUACACUCAGCACUCUGAUCAAUAAUUACUAUCAGAACAACGAGACUGCACAGAAGCAGAAGGAGCUGCCAGAACCAGUCCGCAAAUCAAUUCACCUUAUGCGUGAAAUUAUUGGAGAUGACUGCAACAAAGUCAGCAAUGACAUUCAAUACGACGAGGCUGAAAACAACCGUCAAGUUCUGCUUGCACUGAAGGGUAUUGGAAAUAUUGGAAGACCAGUACAGAUCGAAGACAAACGUGAAUGGUACCGCCAGUCUACCAUUGUCGCCAUUUUGAUGCGUUGUGCCAAAAACCAAGCUGUUCCACGCAAUGUUACCAUUGCUGCCGUCCAAGCUUUGCGCCGUAUGGAGAGUACUGAUGAAUUACGUGAUGAUCUGAUGAGUCUGGUAAGAGAUCACAGCAACGAUGUCGAAGUACGCCUUGCUGCUUAUAUCAUUCUGAUGAAAAACCCAUCCAGAAAUAACCUGCGUGAAGUUGUCAGUAUUCUGAAAAAUGAACCAAUCAACCAGAUGCGUUCUUUCAUUUCUUCCCAUAUUGCCAACAUCAGGGAAUCUGAGGAACCAACAUUGAAAGAUUUGAAAAAAGAACUUGAAUUUGUCCUUGUUGGCCAACAACUUCCAGAGAUGGAACAAGACCUGCAAAAGCUCUCCCGCCAUAUGGAAUUUUCAAAAGCUUUCAAAGUUCCAUUUGUGAACCAGACUGUUGCCGCACAACUAGAAAGCAACUUGAUCUACAGCCCAGAAGGUAUCCUGCCACGCUCUCUGAUGCUCAACAUGACUGUCAAUAUUCUCGGAAAAUCUGUUAAUGUGUUUGAAACUGGCUUUGAUGCUGAAGGUCUUGAACCAUUAUUGGAAGGACUCUUUGGACCUCAAGGUUAUUUCCCCAACCUGAACCUGAUUGCUCUCUUCAAUAACAUGACUGGAAAUCUUGAUUAUCUUAACCCCAGACAAGAACCAGUGAAGAACAACGCAUACAGCAAAUUUAAUAGCAAGAUCCAGAAGUCUAAAAAUGCUGUUGAAGAACCAAGAUUCCUGGCCAAUAAGAUCCACAAAGCUUUGGAAGAUCUUCAUGAUGAUGUGAGCCACAAACAGCUCUCACCAUCUGUAUCAGCUUACAUCAAGGUUCUUGGUAAUGAGCUUGGAUUUGCCAAUUUGGAUGACAUUAAGAACCUGAUGCCCAACAUUUCUGUCAGUGAUCUCCCAUCUAUGUCUGCUAUCAUGAAGCUUUUGGCUGAUGGUAUCGACUACAAUGUCACCCGCAGCUACAUGUUUUUGGAAGCCAACCAUGUCAUCCCUACUGGUAUGGGUCUGCCAUUGAAUGUAUCUGUCAAUGGAACUACCGUUGUAGCUCUUAGAAUUGCUGGUAAAUUCGACAUGCGCAAGUAUCUGCAACAGGAUGUUGUUGCCAGUGGUCUGGUGUCCCCAAGUGCUGCUGUAGAAAUUGUUGGUCGCUUUGGAGUUAACGUACCACUGUUUGGUGAAUCUGGAGUCCAACUGAAUGCCACUAUGUACCACAACUCCCAACUGGAAGGUAAUGUUACAUUGAAGGGAAGUGAACUGAGAUUCAAUGUUAACAAGACCCUCAAACCAAUAAACUUAGUCAACAUCAGUGCUGAACAAUACCUGGUUCGUGGAGCAAGAAUUGAACGUCUUGAAGGAAUCAAAGAAAACCGCACUGAAUGGAGCAACUGCACCAGUAGUCUUCUCAACACAACAGCACUAUUUGGUCUUGACCUGUGUACCAGCCUGUCCUACAGCAAUGCUAGCAAUGUGACUGCACCACGCUUCCCACUGACUGGUCCAACCAGCUUUAAUCUUACUGUAAACCCAACUGACAAGAACCUCACAACCUACACCGUGCUGAUGAAGUAUGAACAGAUCAAGAAACCAAUUGGUGCACAGAAACAACCAUCUCGCAAAGUGUUCAAGCUUCGCAAGGAAAAGCCAAUUGUUGAAAUCAUUGAUGUCUUCACAAUCAAUUUCACUGCUCCAGGACAAAACCUGACCCGCAAUGUGUCAUCUCAACUUACCAUCAACCGUAACAAGACUGAAGCUGUAUGGAACUUCACCAUUCCUGAGCUGAAGAAUAUUUCCAUCGCUGCAGGUGUACAGAAUAUUUCUGAACCUGAGAGAAAUGUCACCAACUUUGUCGCCAGCUUCAAUGCUACCUAUGGAAGCAAGAACUUCAGCAACUCCCUGCGUGUUCGUAAUGAAACCCUUAAUCUUACCCGUGUUGAAAAUGGAAGAGAAAUUAUUAUUCCUGUGAACAACUAUUCCAUGGCCUGGAACAUUUCAUUGAAUGACCUGUUCUUCUGUGUCCAGAGUGAUGUUGUCAACAAAACUGGUAACUGGAGCUCAAGCUUCAAUGUCACCUACUACUGGGAUGACCAAACACCAAUGAUGGAUCAACUGAGACCAGAAUACGUCAUCAAGCCAGAAAACUACAGCAAAUUCGAAGUCCUCUUUGAGCAUGUUAACAAGUCCCUUUCCAAUGAAACUCUGCUGGAGAGCAGACUUAACUUCACCUUCGGACGUCAAAACAUAUCUCUGAUUCUCAGCCGCUGGAACAACACUCAAAAUGCAACCAAAGCUAUGAAUGUUUCUUGGGUAAAUAGUGGCGAACUCCGCACAAUGAAUGUCACCUAUGAAUACAAGAACAGAUCUUCACCAGUUGUGGAGUCCAUCCAGAGAGUAUGGAACAUGUCUCUUCCAGAAUGGCACAUGGCCUUAGUCAACGAAGUUGUCAACACAUCAAGAGAGUUCAACACAAGCAUGAACUUCACUAUCUAUAGCCAAAACAAGACCCUGAAGGAAGAAUAUAAACGUUAUGAUGAACAUGUUCGCAAUAAGCUCAUUGAGUACUAUGGUGUUGAGGCAUACAAAGUUGUUCCAGACUGGUACAAUGCUAGUAUGACAUUCAGCAUUCGCAAUGAGACUGUACCAAGCAGCAGACCAUACGCAGAAGUUAUUGCCACCAGCUUCAAUGUCAGUGUAAUGAACCCAUUCAACAAGACAAGUAUACAUAACUUCACCAUGGUUGGUAAACUUGUCAAUGAUAGUGCCAUCAACAAUGCCAACUUCAGCUACUGGGCCAAUGUGAAUGUAUCUUUGCCAUUUGUCAGUUCCAAUGUCAGCAUGAAUAUGUCCGUUUUGAACAACACCAAUGGAGUUGCUGUAUCAUACAAUGUUAGUGGACUGAGUUCAAAUAUCAGCUCUGUGCUAAACUACACCCAUUCCUCCAUGAACAUGAGCCUGGUUUUCAACCUGACCAGUCCAGUUUACAACUAUACUUCAAACCACACCAUUUACAACAGCACCGAGUCUGGUAUGGUCUACCUGUAUAACUGCAGUGGCAGCACCAACUACACUCUACCAAUUCAGAAUUUCACUCUCCCAGAGAUCGACAGACUUCUUGAGCUGAUUCCACAACAGGUUUUCAACUGGACAGACCAACUCAGAAAUGUUAGUGCAAGACUGAAUGUGACUCUGCCUUAUAAUCUGACCAUUCCAAGUAUUGUUGGCAACAUAUCACUUCCAUUCUUCAACAUCAGUGUUCCACUGAAUAGGACAUUGCAACUGCUGAACCACACAUUUUCUUCAAACAUCACCAUUAGACCUGAAAAUAUUAGCAUUUCUGUGAAUGCCAGCCAUCCAUUCUUUGUCCUCAAUGUAACCCAAGAAAUUAUCAAAGAUGGUCCAUUGGUCAACAUGUCAUUGUCCAAGAUGCUGAAUUCCACCGUUGGUGAACUUUGGAGAAUUGCUAACACCACUACCAACAAGACCAUGUCUGCCUGGAACAAGACUAUGUCUCUUGUCAAGGGUUACAACAUGACCAACCUGAAUUUGACUGGAGUGAAGAAGAACCUUGAUUGGUACAAACAGCGUGUAGAGAGCUACCUUAGCCCAAUGAACAUUUCCUUCUUGAAUGAGAAAAUCUGGAAACCGAUCAGGCAGAUGAAUGCACCUGAAUUGAAGGCUCUGAGAGAACCACUGCGUGAAAUCAGCAGAGAACUUCCCAAAAUGGUUGAUGAAUUGACCCCAGACGUGGUUAAGGAUUGGGUUUACUAUGGUAAAGAUAUGGUUUAUGCAUACACUCCAUCAUGGCAAAAUCUGACUUCCUGGAACCUAACAUCCUGGAACCUGACAUCUUGGCAGAACAUUACAUCACUCAACAUGAGCGAUUUCUGGAGUGUGACAAACAGCAGCCUCUCAGUGAUCAAGAACAAGGAGAUCAGAGAAUCUGUUCAGAGAAUGGUCAAUGCCACAGUCAACUCCACUUUGGCUGGUUGGGCACCAGUAUCAGAAGUUAUUUACCAGGUCCUCAACUCCAGCAUGAAUGCCACCACCUUUGUGAAUUUCACCAGUCAAUACUUUGGCAACAUCACUGUCAACCAUACAAUGCAGCUUAACAGCAGCCAGAUGAACCAUACCCUGUACAUGAACAUGACCAGCAAGCCUGCCAAUCUGACAGUCAAUGGUACCUUCCUUAUUGCCUACAACAGCAGUUUGGAACCAAACUCCACCCUGGUUAACAGUACCCUGUUUGUGAAUAUGUCUGGUCCAAUUGCCAAUCUGACCCUUAACAACACUUUCUACUUCAGUAGCAACAGCAGUUUGGAGCCAAACAGCACUGUUAUGAAUCAUACAUUGUUCACAAAUCUGACUAGUUGGUGGGCCAACAUGACUCUCAACCACACUAUUUACCUGAGCAGCAACUGCAGCCUGGAACCAAACAGCACAGUUUUGAAUCACACCUUAUAUACCAACCUGACUAGUAUCCUGGCCAAUUUUACUGCAAACCACACUCUGUACAUCAGCUCUAAUAGCAGCCUGGAGCCAAACAGCACUGUGAUGAACCAAACUCUGUUUGCAAAUCUGACCAGUUGGUGGGCCAAUAUGACCUUAAACAAUACUUUCUACUUCAGCAGCAAUUGCAGUCUAGAACCAAACAGCACUGUUAUGAACCACACCCUGUCUAGCAAUCUGACCAGUUGGUGGGCUAACAUGACCUUCAAUCAUACUCUGUAUUUUAGCAGCAACAGCAGUCUCGAGCCAAACAGCACUGUUCUGAACCACACCCUGUCUAGUAAUCUGACCAGUUGGUGGGCUAACAUGACCUUCAACCAUACUCUGUAUGUAAGCAGCAAUUGCAGCCUGGAGCCUAACAGCACUGUCCUGAACCACACUCUGUAUACAAAUAUGACUAGUUGGAUUGCCAAUCUGACUCUCAACCACACGUUGUAUAUAAGCAGCAACUGCUCACUGGAACCAAAUAGCUCUGUCAUGAAUCACACUUUGUCAGCCAACCUCACAUCUCCCUGGGUGAAUGGUAGCAUGAAUCAUACCUUGUAUGUUAGCUCCAACAGCAGUCUUGAACCAAACAGCUCUGUCAUCAAGCACUGGUUCUUGGGUAACUUCAGUUGUUCAUGGGUCAAUGCUAGUGUAAACCAUACCCUGUACAUCAGCAGCAACAGCUCAUUGGAACCAAAUAGCACCGUGAUGAACCACACUCUUCAAGCAAAUGUCACAUCUUGGCUUGCCAAUGUUACCAUCGACCACGAUUUGAGACUUAGCUCCAACAGCUCUUUGGUGCCAAACACUACAGUGUUUAACCACACCUUGUUCAUCAAUUUCACCUGCCCAAUUGCCAAUGUUACAUUGAAUGCCACCAUUGAAGCACUCAACCUGACUGUGUACAACCAGACGAUAUUUGUUAACUUCACUGGACCUCUCCUGAAUAUCAGUGUAAACCAAACCAUCAGAAAUGAAAGUUUCAGCGUUAAUGUCACUGCUCCUGGAUAUGGUUGCCUCAGCCUUGUUGGUCAAUUGAAAAAUGAUAGUGUACUCAACGUUUCAGUCAUUCAUCAAAAUUCCUCUCAUCCACACAUCAAUGUGACUGACCUCAACCUGUUUAUAUCCCUGAACAGAAGUGAUGUUAUCUAUGCCAACCUUACAUGGCAUCCACGCAUUCUGAACCACACACUCAGCUUCCUGAAUACCAGUAUCUCCAUGGCCAACACUACCAUCAACAGAACCAUUGAUCUGUUUGUGAAGCCAGCAGUGAAUGAAAUCCUCAACGUCUCAAUGAACUACACCAUGAGAGUAUGGGAGGUCGUGAAGAACAUCACACACAAUGAAACUAGUCUCAUCAACCAGAUUAUCCGUGAAUUCACUCCACUGAACUGCACUGUAUUUGAGCUGGUUAACUACACCGUCUCUAACUUCACCCAGAUUGCCAACAGAACCAUCAAUAUGACCAUUGAAUUUGCCAAGAACCUCACAAGAGAAACCCCCCUUGUCAACUGGACCAACUUUGCCAUCAACGUGACAAACAACUUCACUGGAUCAGUUCAAGAGGUAUACAAUAUUAGCAUGGCAUACUUGAAUAACACCCUUCCAGGAUGGAUGUACCGUUAUUAUGAAGUAGAUCGUCAACUGAACCAACUGAGCAAUCUUAGCCAAUAUGAACAAAUGGUGUUGCAGGUAUGGAAUGAAACUGAGAAGGUUGUACCACAAGUCGCUAGAUAUGUAGCCAACAAAGCCCUUGAUAAAAUUGUUGUAUUUGGUAACAACAGUGUUGCAGUCAACAUCUCACACAAUCUCAACGUGACCAGUCUGAAGAGCUUACCAAGUCUAACCAAUAACCAAUGGGAGGUCCUCAAGACACAAUACAAUCUUAUUAAGACCAUGCUGAAGAGAGUACCAUACAUGAGUAGACAUCUUCGCUUGCCAUCUGUUGAUCCAUUUGUACAAUCUGCUAUGCUCUUUGGUGCAGGUCAUGUAUACACAUUUGAUGGACGUUACUAUGAAGUGCCAAGAUAUGAAAACCGUGAAUGCACAUAUGUGCUGGCCCGUGACUUUGUAGACAGGAACUUCACCCUUCUGUCAACUGAAGAUUCCAUUACCUUAAUCACCCGUGAUGUUGCAGUAGAAAUUGAUGCCGAAAAUAUUGUUAAGAUUAAUGGCAAUCCUUCAGCAACUGAACUCCCAUACCAAACUGAGAACAAGAAUGUCACUGUUAUGCGUAAUGGAGAUUGGGUGAAUGUGACUACAGUAUAUGGCAUCUCUCUGCUCUGUGACUCCAAGAACCUGAACUGCCUGGUAAAUAUCAGUGGAUGGUAUCAUAAUAAAACCCUUGGUCUCUUUGGAACCAAUGACAAUGAAGCUAACAAUGACUGGCGUAAACGUGAUGGCAGCAAUGCAACAAAUGUUGUCGAUUUCAUCAAUUCCUUUGAAGUGUCUGGACUUAGAAGCUGCAAGAAGAACCCAAGCCGUUAUGUGAAUACAAUUGGCCGUGAUGAAGCUUCAUGUAACAGCCCAGUUUCUCCUAUGUGCGAUAUCCUCUUCAAAUCCAAACAAUCACCAUUCGAGCCAUGCUUCAGCAAGGUUAACCCAGAACCAUUCAGACAAGCCUGCUUGGUUGACUCCCCAAAAUGCGACGCUAGACAGGUGAGAGGUAUCUGCUACAGCACAGCCGCUUAUGUUGCCAUCUGCAAUGCCAAGGGUGUAAAGGUCAAUGACACCAAUGAAUGCGAAACCUGUGAAGAUAACAACCGCCAACGAUCCCAGAAUGAAGCUUGGAUAGAAGACAAUAAGCUCACUGCUGAUGUCGUCUUUGUUGUAUCUGAGAGUUCAAAAAUGUCAAACUCCCGCAAAGAUCAACUGGAAAUUCUGGUCAGAGAAAUAGAGAGUGAGCUGAAGAGAAGUGGUAUCAAUGACAACCGUUAUGCACUUGUUGGAUUUGGUGGUAAAGGAAUCCAUGCUCCAGGUCACCAGCACACAAUCAAUGGAAAACUCUACAACUCUGACAAAUUGUUCUACAGUGGUGCCAAGGCUCUUGAAUUCCAAGGUGAAUAUGCUACUGAUGCCUUUGAAGCAGUCAAGAUUGCUGCUGAGUUACCAUUCCGCCCACAAGCAACCCGCCUGGUCUUCUUGGUCACCGAAUCUGAACGCUCUGCUGUUAAUGUGUCAUUGACGAUAGACGAUAUCCAGAGCAUCCUAGACAAACAUGCAGUCAUUUUGAACGUACUUGCCGAAUACGAUGAGCUCAGCAAAAAUGGUGUAUAUGGAGUUAACUUCAGAGGAGAUUACAUCACUGGAAAGUAUGAUGAUAUUAAGAAGGGUAGUCUUAAACUUCGUAGCAGAAUUGGUGAAAGCUAUGCCAAAUUGUCUUCAACAACAAGAGGAUCCCUCUACUCACUGGAAAAGGUCGAGCAUUACGACUUCCUUAACAAGAUCCCAGAAGAUGUCGCUCGCCAAGUUAAAAGUGAGGUCAGAAAUGCCAAGAAAGUGUGCGAGUGUGUAAGGAAUGCCUAUGGACGCGCUGUCACCGAGUGCAGAAGUAUGCGUACUUAGAUCUUAACAUAUCAAAAAAAAAACUAAAUCCAUUAUGAUAUCUUUUGUGGAUAACUGUUUGACCAACUUAUUUUAAAAAAAAAAUCAGUAGUAAUCUUUUGUUUUACUCACGCUUUUCGAUUUUAAAUUGUUUUUAUUUUAUUUUAUUUUAUUUUCAAGUUCUCUCUCGAAUAAAAAUUAUAUUUUAAAGCACUGAAUUACAACUGACAUUACUGUGUACUUUUGAAGACUAGACUCCCGCCAUUUUCAUUACCAAACUUGUUUAUAUAUUUGUUGUAUUUAUAUCGCAUUUCUUUGUGAAAGCCUGUAGUAACUUAACAAUUAGGCUUAGCAAUUAGAAUAAAAUGGCGGGGUUCUUAAA